CAGCCACGAGGCGCGUCAGAAACAAAUCCGACGCAUCGUCCACACCCGCAAUGGUGACGACAUCGGGCGACGCGCCAAGUGCGAACGAGGUAUUGACGUUGCCAGCCGAAGCCAGCGGGCAGCGCCAUUCGGUCCAGCUCGACGACGUGCUCCCAGAGACCAGAAAAUCCGAGGCCAAGGACGUCAAUGGUGCGACGCUCAAAAGUGCGACGUUGGUCAAGGGCGCAACCACCGACGACCGUCUCAACCCGAUCGCGAUCGCCGUCUUUGCACUCUGGGUGCUCGUCACCAUCAACUCGCUCGUGGACCCGCUCAAGACGAUUUACGGCUACUUCAUCUACCUCGACAGCAACAACCAAAACGUCGUGUGGCAGCUCACGGUCGCCAACAAUUUCAACAACGUCUCAUCCCGCGUCUGCCCAAUGAGCGGUCCGUUCCUGGACUGCUACUUUGAGCUACCCGUCUACGGCACCGGGUCCCUCGCUGGUGCGACCUGCCGGUCCUACUACCCCACCGACAAGGGUCCGACCCAGCACAUAAGCAAUUUCUUUGGCAACUGCACGUUUCCCAACGGCCACCGCGUCGACCUGCCCGAUGGCCGCACGACCGUGACGACGCAGUGGUCGGUCCAGACGAGCUCUGCCGACCGCAACUGCCUUACUCCGCUCGGCGAAGGCGACAGCUUCCCGUGCGACGAGUACGUCACGACCAACGGCCGCGUCAUCAACUACCGCGUGAGCCAAACGGAAACGAAAAAGUGGUGCAAGGAGUUUGGCGGCUUUUACAUUUUGAAUCUGACGUCUGGUGUCCAAGAGGUGCUUGUCGCCAACGUUUCUGACAAAUCGUCCGCGUUCACGAGCAUCCCGAUGACGUACACGCAGCCCGUCUUUAGCCUCGAGCCGCUUCUGGGGUGCGCUGCCGAAAUCCACAUUGGCGGCACCGCCACCCAUAUCUCGACGUCAGCGUGGUACGGCGACACGUCGGCGCCGUGGUCGGCGCGGACGACGCGGACGGCGUACGCCAACGUCGUGACUCGCGGCGCUUCGUCGGUCUUUGUCACGACAACCCACUACUCGGAAGGCGACUUGACGCAGAUUCGUCCGUCGUACAAGGACUCGUACCGGCUCGGGAUCAUCGGUGUCAUUACGUACUACCGCGCCUCGUCCGUCUACUAUCCCAUUCUGCUCGUGUAUCUUCGACAGCGCCAGCCGCUCUUCCGGUGGCUGCGGCGCCGCAACUUUGGCUUGGUCUUGCACAAGCGCGAGCGACACAACCUCUUUAUCUUGCUCUUGCUGACGCUCGAGGCGUUUGCGAGCACGGAGGACGUGGUGAUGUACUGCCAGCAAGUCAUCUACGCCGGUUCGUCCCUCACGCAGCUCGCGCUCAAGUACAUGUCGAUCACGCGCAUCAUUUGGCCCUGUGCAUUUUUACUCCUGCUUGCAUCGCGGCUCGUCGAGGUGUUCCUCGGGCCCAAGCGCGCGUUUGCCAUGUCCGAAGACCUCUUCCUCCUCGGCGCCCCAGUGGUGUGGAUCUACAUUCCAAUCUACGUGACAAACCAGGGCAUGAGUCUCUUCCAAGGCUACCGCUGGACGGGCGCCAUCGUGAGCCACUACGCCAACUCGAUCUUGAACGUCUACGGGACGCAGAUCAACUGCCUCACGCUCUACUUCAAGCUCUUUGGCUACUUUACGAUUCUCUCGUCGGCGGCGACCUUUCUUGUCGACGUCGUCUGGCACGCGGUGACGCACAGCAGCAACAGCAUCCUUGUCUCGCUCAUGUCGCUGCGCCUGGCCAAAGAGCCCGUGGACCCGAAAGCAGUCACCUCGAAUCUGCACAAAGUCCUCAUGGAGUCGACGCACCGCAUGGCGCCCGAGAUUGCGCUGCAGAUGACGCGCGCCAAGGUGCCGCCGCUCAUGCUCUGCGAGUCGCUCAAUUUGGCGUCCGAGGGGUUUGUGUGUCUCGCGUACGGCGGCGUUCACGUCGUUGCCGUCUCCGAGUGGGGAUUCGCGCGGCCGCUCGAGAACCCCCUCGGGCACGUCGCCGUCAUCCACGAUGGCCAUCGUGUCGCGUUCGACGAGAACGUGACGAUGGAGUCGUUGGUGAAGCUUUCGUCGCGCCCCGCGUGGCUCGGUAUUCCCGACCUUUACUGACGCUUACGGUCUCGAUUGCAUGUUUUAUGAAUGACAUAUCUGU